CUAAUGCAUCUUUGGCACAUCCUAAUUGAAUCGAAUAUAAUCCACAGAGCUCGCACUCCGCCAGAAAUUAGCACCGGUUUACUGGCCUAAGCUACCAUAAUUUGGUUCGAUAUGUGCUCCUGGAGGUUUUCUGAGCUGUCCUCGGCCGCGGCAUUGUUCUCAGGACCUUCGCAAGGUUUAGGAUUCAUAUACACGCCAGUCUUGCUCUGCGGAGUUAUUAAAUCGGGAUCCAAUCGUACAUGGCGUUUUCAUACGGUCAGUAGCGUAUGUAGAUAGUAGUAAUACAAAGGGCGCUGUUCCACAGACGC